GUUCAAACUCCCUGAAAUGAAUCGGCGAAGAAGCUCGUGUGUGCACGGCCUGUCGCUCCGGCUGGGCGUGUUCAGAAACACACACGUCCCGUGCGCGCGUGAGAGCGCAGCAAGGCGGAUCUAGGCUUCCAGACUUUUCCCAGCCGAGCGGAACGCAACACCAUCAUGGAGGAACCCGCCCCCAGGCCGCUGCCCUCCAUGCUGCCCUGGCUGGUGGCCGCCUCGCAGGUCCUGGGCCUGGCGUCGGUGGUGAUAACAGGGGUGUGGAUGGGUCACUACCACGGGGGGUUCGCCUGGGACGGCUCGGCUCGGGAGUUCAACCUGCACCCGCUCUGCAUGGUCCUGGGCCUGGUCUUCCUGCAGGGGGACGCCAUCCUGGUCUACAGAGUGUUCCGACGUGAAGCCAAGAGGAACGUGAAGCUCCUGCACGGAGUCAUCCACCUGCUCGCCCUCGUGGUCAGCGUCGCAGGCUUCGUCGCCGUGUUUGACUUCCACAGAUCAGCUAAAAUCCCCAACAUGUACUCGCUUCACAGCUGGUGUGGGAUGUUGACGUUACUGCUGUACUGUGCGCAGUGGGUUCUGGGUCUGCUGUUCUUCGUGGCCCCCGGUGCCACCACAUGGCUUCGGUCCUCGUACGUCCCGCUGCACGUCUUCUGUGGCCUGGUUCUGUUGGCGUUGUCCAUCGGCACCAGCCUGCUGGGGAUCACAGAGAAGCUCCUCUUCAACAUCAUGGCGUCGUACUCGCUCUUCGCUCCAGAGGGCGUCCUCGCCAACAUCCUGGGCCUCCUGCUGGUGGCUUUCGGGCUCCUGCUGAGUUUCCUGGUGACCCGGGACCAGUACAGACGGCCACCCAAUCCCGAGGAGGAGUCUCUGUCGGUGCACUUCAAGAACCUGACGGACGAGGGCUCGCCUUCGUCGCCCUGAACCACGAGCUCCAGGAACUUUGGGUGAAGCAGUGAAACCUUUAAAGUCUGCAACUGGACCUGGUUUUAGUUCUUCAGAAUCAUCCCCCAAGAGGGUCGUCUCAGUUCUGACGGGUCAGGAGGGUUUCCUCACGUUUGCUUCCUGGAGACUGUGUCCCCUGUGACCACGCCACUUCCCGCUCAACUAGCAUCGCUCCAACCGCCCUUGUGCUACGUCUCGCGACAGUCGCUAGCAUGAGUUCACUGAAUCAGGCCUUAGAACGCUUCAACAGCGCCAACAAUUGAGUCCAAACGAUAAAGUGCACAACUAGCAUAGCGCCAUCAUCACACUCAUAGGUCGAUCACGUCAUACUUCCACGACACUACGAUCACUUGAACUAGCAAAGAAGUGUGCAACCUUGUGCGCGGAACAUCGACCUGGACGAGUAGAACUGAGACAAAGUCCUCUUGCAGGGUCCAGUUGACUCAUUUUAAUUUUUCACCUGCGACGACUGAAAACUGCCAAACCACUGACGCACUGCGUCGCGCGCUGUAUUUAUGUUAGCCGAGUCUGUGUUUGUAGCUUUGCUCGAGAUGCAUUGGUUUUUAUCGUCACAGUUCCUAUAGUUAAUUGUCAAAUGUGUGAAAAUAUCUGUCCUGUGACGCCUCGUGCGCUAAAAAUGAUACGAGCUCCGACCCGAGAAUUUGGUUUUUAUCGUAAAAUCAAGUCACUGAGAUGUGUGUUUUCACAUCACAUUUCAAAACCAAAGACGUAAACUGACUUCAGGUCAGAGUACGCAAUGAAAGGUUUUGAUCUUGUUUUGUGUUUUUCGCAACGUUCCCGUGGCGCCACCCGUGACUGAAAGCAGAAAUCGCAGGUUGACUCCGAGAUUUUUCAUAUACAGGUUUUUUUUAUUGUGCCAAGAAGUGAAGACUUGUCAACCUCGCGUCUCUUCACAUUCGAACUAGAAGUCGAGCAUCACAAAAUCAAGGGUCUUUGCCCCGACUCUCAUAGAACCAAAGUUACUUUUAAGUAACUGCCUUGUUUGCCAGUCAACACUCAAGUUCGGCGUCAGAAAGUGUAUUAAGACAGACGUGUGUCGAACUUUCAGUUGAUCUCAUCUUCACGUUGCAGAACCACUUGGAUCCGAUCUUGUUGCGUCUUAUUCCGCGUGACAGUCGAUGUCGAAUGCUUUAAGCUGUCUGUGCUUCUACUGCUAUGCUGUGUGCGUUUGUGUUGAAAGUAAAGCAGAGCAUGACGAGGUUUGCCUCCUCACUAAAGCCCCACUGAAGUGUCCGUGAGGCGACCAUUUCCUUUCGCGUGUCGGGUUAAAGAAUUGUGAAUAAUCUCCAAUGACGUCAAGUCAGUUUUUCACAACACAUUCCGCUGUGUUGUUCUGUUUUCUUUCCAAAAAGUGCUUCAGCCGGAAUCUUUGCCCACAGCUGACUCCAGUCAUCAGACAUUGUUGUUCCCCUCUGGAAGACAGAAGAACUUCUUUCCUCGUUUGCUCAACUGCCGACAUCUCAUCACACGACAGAACACGAGUCGUGAUGAACUGUCUUGAACCAGUUGGACGAGUCAAACUUCGGUGACGAGUUGAAGGCGAGCAGUGAGGAGCCCUUGCUACAACAGUGGUGAAGGAACCCUCAGCUCCUGAACGGGUCCUCGAGUGUGUAGGGCGAGGCCCUCUGGGUGUCCAAGGUUGGAGCUGGACCCAAGUGCCACAGUGACCCGAUACCUGGCAAGCUUGUGUACCGACCAGAUAAGGAGAGGAUCGAGUCACCUCGGAGUCGCUGUCUUCGGUCCACAUUUCAAAAGUGACCCAUUUAUUCUGGGCUCUACUCAGUACGGCCAACCAAAGAUGGGCAAGUCUGGAUCAAGAGGUUCGGUAUUCGAUACACGCAAGUCCCUCAACUGUCAGAGCAGAAGCUUCGGUCCUUGAUAAACCGGACAAACUCACUCACGCUGUGGAACUUUCACCAGCAACAGCUGAUUUAUUAGAAACAUAAAAAACACAAACCUACAGAAGAAACAGUCAUUCAUGAGCACAAAAAGAAACAAGUCAUUCUGUCCGGACGGUUAGCCUCUUCAAGCUAACGCCGACACCUUCAGCAGAGACCAGUAGCACUGGCUGCACGUCCUUUUACACGCUUCAGACUUGUGCUCCACUCCAGCCAUGCGACUUGUGCUUGCGUCGAGCGAAGUGACGAGUUAGCCGUGGCUAACCCAGCCAGCGAGCCCGCACAGUGUGUUGCUCUUUUCUUCAGAUAGAUGCUACUCAGCGCUCGAAAUACAAGACGAAAGGCAACAAAAUCAUUUUUGGUGGAGGGUAGACGUGACAUCAUCUACUCGGAAUCAGCUGGCUGUUCAUAGCACCAGGGAGCCGCAGCUGAGUGUCUUAAGGGUCUCGUACGGAAUCAAAGUCGACAUGAAUGCGUUUGUAGCGGUAACAACAACAUUACUCAGUUAACACGGACAAGCAAACAAAACUGGGCAUCCGACUCGCGCAGGGGCUUUUUUUCUUGCUAACUUUGCUCUUAGAAAUAAAACAGUAGCAAAAACAAGAAUAAACAUCUGAUAGACAAAAACAAUAUUUAUAGUUAAAUACAGACAUAACUUAGAAACGAUAAAUAUCACUUACUUUAUGUCUAUUUACAGCAAGUCAGUAUGGCUUCCACCGGGUCCCCCACCCGCCUCUGACUGGUGCACUAGGUUCUGGACGGUUAAGUGCCUCUUUAUUAUUCUUUUGUCUGACAGCACUGAAGCACUUUUUGUUUUUUUCUUUCACCAAUAACUUAAUAAACAGCUGUUUUUUUUUAAUUCUCCACUUAUUCAGCAACAGUCGUCGCUGUUGUUUCUGGGACACUGGCACCUGUACACGUUCCAGUCGGGAGACUGGGAAAAUGAUAUGUUGAACUAGUUGUGAGUCUGUAGAAACUAAGACGCUGGCUAGUUUGGUGCCGUGACAAAUCCAGGGAUCCGACAGGAAACCACGGGUGGGCGGGGCCCACCGUCAUCCGCUCUGUCGCAAAUGGUGUCAGAAGUAGAGUGGCACGCUGGCGGUCUAUAGGAGUGUCGCCACUAUGCUUGAGUCGAAGGACCCCCAGCUAGGAACUGAAAAUCACUACGUCUUCAAGGAGGGGGUUGGGGUUGGCAAGCUAGUUGGGCUGAUCUGAUGGUAUCAGAGGAGGGAUGCCACACAAAACUCAUCAGACAUGCCAUGGAGUCCCGGGGCCUGUCUUAGGGAGAAGUGGCAAGCAUCGCCAGAGUGCCGGGCAGCAAGGCCAGCGACAGAUCAGCCAGAAGUGUUCGGUCGAGGGCCGACGCAUCUGAAGACCACAAACCUAAACAUUCAGUUGAACUGCUGUUUGCUUUGGUCCCUGACAGGCAGCGGAUCAUUAGUGCACAAAUGUCAUUUCGCAAAGAGUUCCGUUCACCUUCCACGUGAAAUCCUGAAAACUGUCCAAAAUUCCAGUCAACGUCCAAGAGCAGAAAUGUUGUGAGCGUCCAGUGCAGCUUCGUGGACCAACAAAUCCUUAGACAUCUUUCGUGGUUGCGCUCAGUCACUUUCAAAAGGACACAAAGAUCAGGCUACAGUCUUGCGCCCUCGGGAGUGGGCGCCCCCACCCCCC